CGGGAAGGGGAGUCCUAAACCAUAGCUGAGCUCCUAUAUAAAUGCCAGUGAUUACCAGACCAGGUCCUCAAAUCAGAACCAUCAUAUUAGUAGAGAAGUACAGAGACGACCAUUAACAGGACCAUUUCAUAUCUGAACAUCAUUGACAAUGGGCAUUUUCAACAAAGUACCAUUGCAAUUUUUUGCUUCCCUUGUUCUUAUUUCUUCAGUGUUAAACAUAUGGAGAGGCACUGAAGGCUGGUCAUACCAUUACUCAACAAUCACUAUGAACUGGGAAUCUGCCAGACACUGGUGCAGGCAGCAUUACACCGACAUGGUAGCCAUCCAGAACAAAGAUGAGAUUUAUCACCUCAACAGUAUUCUUCCAAAAGUCAAUGGAUAUUACUGGAUAGGCAUUCGUAAAAUUAAUGGCAUUUGGACCUGGGUGGGAACUAAUAAGAUGCUUACCAAGGAAGCUGAGAACUGGGCAGAUAUGGAGCCCAAUAAUGGAAGGAAUAAUGAAGACUGUGUGGAAAUAUACAUUAAAAGAGUGCCAGAUGAAGGCAAAUGGAAUGAUGAAUCCUGCUUAAAGAAGAAGACUGCACUGUGCUACACGGCAUCCUGCAAAGACGACUCCUGUGUCAGUGGUCAAGGAAAGUGUGUUGAAACCAUAAACAGCCAUAAAUGCUCAUGCUUUGGGGGUUUCUAUGGAGACCGAUGUGAACAUGUUGUAAAAUGCAAACCGGAGGACAUCACUCCACUAGAUCAUGCUAUUAUCCAGUGCUCUCAUCCUCAUGAAGACUUCUCAUAUGACUCUCAGUGUGAAUAUUUCUGUGAGGAGGGUUAUGAACUAAUAGGUUCCAGAACGACAAGAUGCACUUCUACCACAGAGUGGUCAAGCAAACCACCAACCUGUGAACUUAUUCACUGCCCAGCCCUUGACAGUCCUGUAAAUGGAGAGCUGAGCUGCACUUCCAGCUUUAAUUAUGGGAGCAAAUGCAGCUUCAGCUGUGUUGAAGGAUUCCGACUCCAGGGAGCUUCAGAGAUCAGCUGUACAAAAACGGCAAAGUGGAGUCAGGAGCCACCUCGCUGUGAAGCAAUGGUCUGCCCACAACUUCCUGAGCCAAUCAACGGGCAUAUGAACUGCUCAUCUGAAGAACCCACUUUUGGCACCAUCUGCAUCUUCAGCUGUCAUGAAGGCCACCAACUUGAAGACCACAGUAACGAGAUGGUGAUGUGCAACUACAAUGGGAGCUGGUCAGGGGAAUUGGCAGUGUGUCAAGCAGAUCCCUCUGCAUCAUUCUUCGAAGUGACAGAAGUGACUCUUGGGGUUGCAGCCGCUAUCAGCGGUUCCAGUCUGGGCUUAGUCCUCUGGAUACUGAAGAGACUGAGGAGAAAAGCUAACAAAUUUGACGUGAACAGUACCUCGGAUACUGAGGAUCCACCACAGAUUUAUAAGAACAGUAUUGACAGUCUCAUAUAGACCAAAAUAGCAUCAAAUAGCAUACAGCAUAUACGGUGAGCAUAUAUUCCUCAUGCACAUAGACAGGCCAGUGUGAUAGCGAUGUAACUUAUUAAAGU